AUGAUUAUCUCACAAGUCGACACUAAAAGCUUCCUCUUGCACGAUCUGAUCAUCAGAGCCGCCGUAGCCGACGGUGCUGACGGUGGUGGCCGGGGUUUUCUCGGCGGAGGAGGUGGAGAGUCUACGACGGCGGGAAUCUUGUGUUCUUGGGAUGUGGGUGUGCUGCAGCGGAGGUCAUCUUCGUCGUCAUCACCUUCGUCCUUCUUUGUUUUUGAGGUUUUGGAUCGGAUCUUGAUGGGUGUUGGGAAAUUGAAUUUGGACAAAUCUUGUAGUAAUUCAAGAUCCAUAUCUAAACUUGUGUAUAGAAAACUUCUUGGAGAAGUGAGAGGUUGA